AUGUCGGCUGUCACAGACCCUGAAGAACAGUACAGAUUGAUCACCAAGAACUUACAAGAAGUUUUAAACGGACAAAUCAUAAAGGAUGUUCUUGAAAAGAAAGAGAGACAUUUAAAGAUUUACUGGGGUACUGCACCAACAGGUAAACCUCAUUGUGGAUACUUUGUUCCUAUGAUUAAGUUGGCUCAUUUCUUAAAGGCUGGAUGUGAAGUUACUGUUCUUUUAGCUGAUUUGCAUGCGUUUUUGGAUAACAUGAAGGCUUCCUUGGAAGUUGUCAAUUACCGUGCUAAAUACUAUGAAUUGGUUGUCAAGUCUAUAUUGACCUCAAUUGGAGUUCCUAUUGAUAAGUUGAAGUUUGUUGUUGGAAGUUCUUACCAAACUAGAGAGGAUUACGUAAUGGAUUUAUUCAGAAUGUCUAACAUUGUUGGUCAAAAUGAUGCUAAGAGAGCUGGUGCAGAUGUGGUUAAGCAAGUGAGUAACCCAUUAUUAUCAGGGUUGAUUUACCCCUUGAUGCAAGCUCUUGAUGAACAAUAUUUGGAUGUUGAUGCUCAAUUUGGUGGUGUUGAUCAAAGAAAAAUCUUUGUUUUAGCUGAAGAAAAUUUGCCAUCCCUUGGCUACAAGAAGAGAGGUCAUUUGAUGAACCCAAUGGUUCCUGGGUUAGGUCAAGGUGGAAAAAUGAGUGCCAGUGACCCAAACUCUAAGAUUGAUGUUGUAGAAACUACCAAAAACAUUCAAAAGAAAAUUAGUAGUGCCUACUGUGCUCCUGGUGAUGUUACAGACAAUGGGUUACUUUCAUUUACACAAUUUGUCAUUCAACCCAUUCAAGAAUUGAAGAAUGGUAAAGAAGGUUACUUCAAUUUCCACAUUAAAAGACCAGAACAAUAUGGUGGGCCUAUUCAAUUCAAUUCUUUUGAAGACAUGAAGAAUGCGUUUGCUAAUAAUGAAUUGUCUCCAAUUGACUUAAAGGCUGGUGUUGCUUCAUACAUUGAUGAUUUAUUGGCUCCAAUCAGGGCCGAUUACGAACUGAAUAAGGAAUUCCAAGAAGCUGCAGAAAAGGGAUACCCUGUUGCUCAACCCAAGCAAAAGGUUAAGAAGGUCAAAAAUAAGGGUACUAGAUACCCUGGUGGUGCUGCUGCUGCUACUCCGGUAAGCUUAGAUUCAGUUGAGGCUGUAGACGCCGCCGCUACCAAGUUGCAGAGCACUACCUUAGAAGAAUCCAAAUAG